CGCUAGCUCAGGGUCACUGUUGAGAUUGAUCUGACAGAGCGAUGUGGUACCGUGGAGUGAUGAAGGCGACCGUGCUGCUGGUGAUGGUGCUGGUGGGUGUAUCCCGGGCCGCCAACAUACUGUUCAUGUCCGGUGUGCCAUCUCCGAGUCAUUACAUAUGGCUGCGACCACUGAUGUGGGAGAUGGGAAAACGCGGCCAUAACGUGACGGUUCUCAGUGCGGAUGUUGAGAAGCCUCCGCCCAACGUCACGUACAUCCAUCUGGAAAACUUCUACAGCACCAUGUACAACACCUCGAUGCGAGAGCAGCUGGACUUUUUCGAGCUGGCCAACGACAGUCCGUUCAAGAUGCUGCGGCUGUUCGACGAGUUUGGUCUGAACCUGUGCGAGGCGGCCAUCAAAUCGGAAGGACUGCACUUCCUGCUUGGCUACCCGCAAGACUUUAAGUUUGAUCUGUUUGUGAGUGAUUACAUGAUCGGUCCGUGCAUACCGUCGAUCAUCAUGCAUCGGUUCAAGGAACUACCGUUCAUCCCAUCCACACCGUACAAUGCACCAUCCACGUCGGCCGCAGUUCUUGGUUCGUUCGCAUACCCCGGAUUGGUCCCGAACCACGUGUUUGAUGCACCCGAGCGCAUGAGCUUUGUGCAGCGGGUGAAAAACUUCUUCUACGACAUGUACGAAAUGGCUCUGCAUGAAACGUUUAUGCAUCCGGAAGCGGACCGAAUUGUGCGGAAGCUAUAUCCGGACGCUCCCUCGUCGACGACGUUCUACAAAAAUGUUCGCGUAUCGUUCUCCAACGUGAAUCCCAUCAUCCAGUACAAGGAACCAAUGAUGCCGAGCAUGGUCCCCGUCGGAGGGUUGCAGAUCAUGCCGCCGAAAGCACUGCCGGAUGAUUUGCGGAGCGUUGUCGAGGGAGCUAAGAAUGGAUUCAUUCUGUUCUCGCUUGGAAGUAAUGCGCGCAGUGAUACGCUAGGGCCCGAGCGCAUUCGGAACAUACUGCUGGCGAUGGAACGGCUGCCGCAGUAUCAGUUCCUGUGGAAGUUUGAAUCGGACGAAUCGAAGCUACCGAUGCCGGUGCCGAAAAAUGUGUACAUCCGCGCCUGGAUGCCCCAGAACGAUCUGCUCGCCCAUCCCAACAUUAAGCUGUUCAUCACGCACAGUGGGCUGCUGAGCACGCAGGAAGCGAUCUGGCACGGAGUUCCGAUAAUCGGGUUCCCGGUGUUUGCCGAUCAGUUCCGCAACAUCAACUACUGCGUGGAUGCCGGGAUCGCCAAACGGCUCUCGAUACAACACUUCAAAGCGAACGAGCUGGUUGAGGCGGUAAGCGAGAUCUUGGCCAGUGAUAAGUACAGUGCGAAGAUGAAGCAAAUGUCCCGACUGUUCCGUGAUCAGCCCGAGAGUCCACUAGAGCGGGCGGUUUGGUGGUGUGAAUGGGUUCUGCGGAAUCCGGAAGCGGAUCUGCUACAGUCGAAGGCGGUUCACAUGAGCUGGUUCCAGAAGUAUUCUUUCGAUGUGCUAACGUUCACGCUCGCCGCUUUCGGCGCACUUUUGGUGAUGUUGUCUAAGGUAGUUAGCAUUGUUAAGGGAAGCCUCUCGACUGGUGGCAAGAAGUCGAAAGCUGAUUAGGGGGCGCAAAAGCCGAUUGGAAUCUUAACUCGUAUUAAUCCUUAAGUCUACUACUUAAUCGUAUGCCGUGUGUGAUACACUUUAUGACCACGUGAGCCUAGUACAAUCACCCUUUUGAAGGGCUGUAAUAAACCCGUAAGAAGCCUCGUACCUCGUGUAGAGAUAAAA